AUGGGUCAUUCCAGUCGGGACUGCCCGAAGCGAACAAAGCCCCCGUGCAAGGGCUCGAAUAUGUUCGCGGCGAAGCCGUACAAGCAAGGACAGAGAACGGCUCGACAGGAAGCGACGCCCCCUGUGCUGACCGCGCAGCCCAUGAUCGAGGGCGACGAGAUCUGGUCCGAAGUGGAUGUGUUGCUGGCGUCGUGGUCGAGGGGGGACGGUCGGGCUAACCUCAUCGCGAAGCUGGCGAGGAGAGGAAAACAAGACGUCGACGCGGACGACAUCGAUGAGGCAGAGGACGAAGAGAAUGCCGUCGAGGCGCGUGCGUGUCAUGCGCCGGUCUGCGGUGCUCUCGACUCAGGCUGUGGCAUGGCCCUGAUCGGAUCGGAGACGCUGUCAGAGCAUGAGAAGGUGGCGGUCCUGCAGCCAGAGUGGGAGGAGGACGCGCCGACGGUCAGGUUCAAGAGUUACGGCGGCAAGAUUCGUCGAGGACAGAAGGCAUUCUGGAUCAACUGGCGUAUUCCGAGGGCGAAGAAGCGCGUGGAGACCCUGGUCUACGCGAUCGAGGGCAAGGCCAGGCUGCUGAUCAGCAAGCAGGCGAUGAAGAUGCUCCAGGCCAACCUGGAACUGGGCGAGAACCGAUUGUGGCAUGGCCGGCUGCAAGCGUCGGUUCCCGCGCGAGAAGCCGAGGGCAGCGGGCGCUACGAGGUAGACUUGCUGGGGCGCGAGUUCGAGCGGAGUCCAGAUCCCGACGCGACGGUAGACGACGCGAGGGUGAGGAUCGGGGGCCGCGGCAUGCGCGACCUCGGCUCGUUCGAGAAGGUCACGGGCCGGGGCGCCUGCGCGCCCGCUGGCGCGCGGGAACUGGUGGGUAGCCCACUACCGGGCAUCGGCAUCGCGCUUCCCCGCUGGACCCAAAUCUACCUGGCGAGGCUGAUCAAGAAGAUGCUCUCGGGGCUCUCGAAGGCCAGUGCGAUCCAUCAUGCGGGAGAGGAGGUCAGAAAAUCAGCCGUCACCGACGCCGACAGAUUCGACGCCGCAGACGCCGGCGACCCAACCGAGCGAUCCGACUCCAGCGACGGCUCCCGCGAGGUCUCCAUUUCCAUAUCCCUACCACGCGCCUGCGGGGUCUCCGGAGAUGAGGAGGCUCCGAUCCUGGCAGUGACCGAGACCGAGGUUAGCUCGAGGAAGGAAGCCCUGAUGGUUGCAUUCGCCGCGAAUCCUCGCACUGUGCGCCGCCUCUUGCAGAGCCUGACCGAUGCAGAGACAGCCCGCCCGGAGCUGGUGAGCUGUGUGGCGGCGACCCGCAAGAUGAUGAUCAAGGUUCCAGCUGGUGUGACUGACAGUGGCCUGAGAUCGAACCGACGCAUGAAGGCGACGCUCUCAUACCACAACAGCUCGAGCUACGUUCAGGUUUUGCGUCCAGCAGCCAUCGAGGACACUAUAGUGAGCCAGAUCAUCGAACUGGAGCGCAGCUACUACGACAAUAUCGAGAGCGGAUCGACGUGUAAGGUGGAGAUGCCCUCUGGCAUUGAGCACCUACGGCCAGUCAUGCGCUUCCCUCCUCGUGAAGCUGACGGCCAGGGAACGAUGGUGAGUUCCGUGAAUAAGGAGGAGAAGGUUGGCUUCAUCAAGCUCGAGCGCCCGACGCUCCCAAAGGAGGGCCCGUCCUACCAGGAGGCUUCAGCGUGCACCGCGUGUUCAGUCAUCGGGAACAUGUCCAACUACCCGGACCAACGCGAUGCCUUGCUGAGGAUCAGGAGGGAGACUUUCGGCCUGGAUAUGAUUGCGCUGGAGGGCCCCGGCACGCCGCUGCGCGCCGCCGUGCAGGGGCGCGCCACCGACUUUGUUCAGGCGCUCCUGAAGGCGAGGGCGGACGCCAACGAGUCGGACGACAAGGGCGUCAGCUUGCUGCACGUGGCCGCCUUCGACGGCGCGCCAGAGCUGUGCGGCGCGCUGCUGGAGGCGGGCGCCUGCGCGAACGCGAAGGAUCGGCACGGGCAGACGCCGCUGUUCUUCGCCCCCUCGGGCGAGGUCUGCGAGCUGCUGCACAAGUACGGGGCGGCAUGCGACCAGACGAACCAGAAGGGGCAGCUGGCCCUGCACCUCGCAGGCCGCGCAGGGCUCUCCGACGUGCUCGCGUGGCUGGCGCAGCCGGGCCACAUGCCCGAGCCGAUGCUGGAGCAGAAGGACGUCCACGGGGCCACGGCCGCUUACUACGCCCACCACGCGGGGGUCCCGAAGGAGUUCCUCAUGAGGCAUCGGCUGCUGAGCCUGGAGUCGCCGGAGUCGCCCGAGCGGCGCGGGGGCAGUCGAGGCGCCGCCCCAGGCGGCCUGCAGAGGCUGCCCCAGCUGCCGGAGGUCGAGGACGAGGACGCCGAGUCACCGCCGGGCACGGCGCGGCGCCUGAGGCCGUCCAUCGGCGGCGAGCCCGGGCCGCAGGCCGCGGAGGAGGAGGACGCGCGGCAGCAGCAGCUGCGCCACCGGGCGGCCGUGCGCAUCCAGGCCGCCGCGCGGGCCGCGCUGGGCCGCUGGCACCCGCGCGUCGGCGCGGGCAGGCCGGCCGAGGUGCCGCUGCUCACGCUGCCGGUGCCGGGAGGUCCCUCGGAGGAGGGCAGCAGCUCCAGCCUUCCUUCGGACUGA